AUGCGGACUCACAGCGGCUCAUCCAACCCGCUCACCGGCCCCUGGGCCCCGGGUCCCCGGGCUGCAGCCGCCGCGGUCACCUGCCUGCUGGCGGCCGGGAUGCUGGUCGUCUCUGUCGGGGACGUGAGCAGCGGAGAGCCGGGGGGUCCUCCGGGGGGUCCUCCGGCUGCUGGAGCAGGGAACGGAAGGGCUUUCUCGGCCUAUUUCAGGAAGCUGACCCGGGAGAGGAGAGCGAUCAGCGGGCCCCGGAGGAGGAGCGUGACCCCCGGGCCCGUGGAGCCUCUGACACCCGCUGACCUCUUCGUAGCGGUGAAGACCACCGGGAGGAAUCACCGGCAGAGACUGGACCUGCUGCUGGAGACAUGGAUCUCCACACACAUGCACCAGACGUACGUGUUCACUGACGGAGAGGAUGAGGAGCUGAGGAAGAGAAUGGGUUCUCACCUGAUCAACACCAACUGCUCAGCCGCCCACAGUCGUCAGGCCCUCUCCUGUAAAAUGGCUCAGGAGUACGACACUUUCAUUCACUCUGGAAAGAAGUGGUUCUGUCACGUCGACGACGACAACUACGUGAACGUCGGCUCCCUCCUGAGACUCCUGUCGCAGUUCGCUCACACGGAGGACGUGUACAUCGGCCGGCCGAGCCUGGAACGACCCAUAGAGGCCACGGAGAAGCUGGGCACCGCUGAGAUGAAGCAGGUGCGUUUCUGGUUCGCCACCGGGGGAGCCGGGUUCUGUCUGAGUCGCGGCCUUGCUCUGAAGAUGAAACCCUGGGCAAGUGAUGGCACUUUCAUGUCGACUGCCGAGCACAUUCGCCUCCCAGACGACUGCACCGUUGGUUACAUCGUGGAAGCGCUGCUCGGCGUGAGUCUCGUCCGCUCAGCGCUGUUCCACUCCCACCUGGAGAACCUGGGACUGGUGUCAGACAUACACAACCAGGUGACUCUCAGCUACGGCACAGUGGAAAACAACAGAAACACUGUGAAUGUGAAAAGAGCUUUCUCAGUUAGUGAAGACCCUACAAGGUUCAGGUCUGUCCAUUGUCUGUUGUACCCAGACACUCCUUGGUGCCCCGGCCCCUGGCGACUCCCACAGCCGCCGUCCACAGACGGAGGGAUGGACUGA